UAGCAGUUUGGUGUAGAUUUUGAUAUGUUAAGUUUAUUUGUAUUCGUAUUAAUAUACUACAUAAAUAUUCCAUGAUCUAUCCCACAAAAGAUGUGAUAAAAUAAUACUUUGUUUAGUGGAUCCUUGAGGUUUUUAUCCCUUUUUUUAUAGAGUUGGCAUUACUUUUUGGUAAAUUUCAUGGUUGUCAAACAUGGGAGUCUUCUUCUUCUUCUCAAGUAAACAGCGCAGUAGAAGAAUAGAAGGAAAAAUUUGUCAUUUCGCAUCUGGUGUAAAGAAAAAAGUGUAAUAGUGAAAAAGGCUGCGACAGAGCAAUUAAUAGUGAAAAUUUAUAUAAAUCUAUACGAAACCCGUGAUCAAUAUGCUAGCAUUAAUAAACAGAAUACUGGAUUGGUUUAAGAGCAUUUUCUGGAAAGAAGAAAUGGAAUUGACGCUGGUUGGAUUACAAUUUUCAGGCAAAACAACGUUCGUGAAUGUUAUUGCAUCUGGACAAUUUGCCGAGGAUAUGAUACCGACUGUUGGUUUCAAUAUGCGUAAAAUCACCAAAGGCAAUGUUACUAUUAAAGUUUGGGAUAUCGGCGGGCAACCGAGAUUCAGAUCGAUGUGGGAGCGAUACUGUCGCGGCGUAAAUGCUAUUGUAUAUAUGGUGGAUGCAGCUGACUUGGAUAAAAUGGAGGCAUCUAGAAAUGAAUUGCAUUCAUUGCUAGACAAACCGCAAUUAGUGGGUAUACCUGUGUUGGUGCUAGGCAAUAAACGCGAUCUUCCAGGCGCACUUGAUGAAACCGGCCUAAUUGAGCGAAUGAACUUAGCAAGUAUACAAGACAGAGAAAUUUGCUGUUACAGCAUUUCAUGUAAGGAAAAGGACAACAUCGACAUAACGCUGCAAUGGUUGAUCGCACACUCAAAAAGCCAAACCCGUUAGAAAAUUAUGCCUAUAGUUUACUAGUGCUGUUGCUGUAGAAAGCAAAAUUUAUGUGGCGUGAGCAUAAUUUAUAAGACAAUGAAAAUAACAAUUAAUAAUUAAAACGAACAACAACAAAAUGAUAAAAAAAAACCUUAGAAACUGCAAAACAAUUCGGCAUUUUAAUUAAACAAAAAUAAAAAUUCAUCGCUACACUUUGUAUGAACCAAAUGAGAUAAAUGUGUGCAGGUAUGAUUUCGCAUAAUGGUACACAAUGUAUUCGCUUAAAGUGAAUUAACAAAAUUGAAAUUAAGACAAAAUUACAACUGUAGAAAACCACAAAUUAUUAUGCUAAAAAUACAUUUCCAAUCGUGCAUUUGUGAUUAGGAAGCUACACCUUAAAAGCUGUAUUCGAACAAAUUGAAAAGAGAAAAGUGUGGUGAAAAUUGUUUUUGCACGUUUAGCUCAUUUAGUACAAAAUAACGCAAACAAAUUUAAAUUCAAAAGUUAAUAAAAUUUGUAAAAUGCAAUACAGCAAUUUUUUUUGAACAUGCACUGAAUUUAAUAUAUGUAUAAUUUUUAGUUUAAAGCUCAUUUGUCCACUUCAAUGUCUCAAUUCUUAAGUUUAGUAAAAUCUAAACAAGAAUAGUUUUCUAGCGCUCGGUGUGAUUAUAAAAUAUUAUAUACAUAUAUAUAUAUAUUAUUUACAUUUAAAUGCUAUUUUUAGAAAUUUCAUUUAUAUUUACAUAUGUAUAUUUAUAAUUCGAAUUAUACAUUUUCUCUUACGAAAGUUCGCGCGUCUAUAUUGUUUUUUUUUUAUAACCAUAAUAAGCGCAAACUGGUGGCUAAUAAAAUAAUAUUAACAAAUGAAAAUAAGCCAACUAUAAUCGCAAGACACUUCGAGAAGUGCAUUACUACACGUUUGAUAUCGAAAUGUGAAACACAAUUAUUAAGCAUUGUUUAUUGUAUGUAUUUAAUCACGUUAUAAAAGGAAAACCGAAAGAAAAAACAACUCAUGUAAAAAAAAACAAACAGCGAUCUGCGUUAUAUUGUUGUCUUUUA